AUGCCAGUCACCCGCGCAUCCACCGGGUCAAAGGACUCAUCCAAGUCAAGGCAAGUCCCUCUUGAUGCUGUCUCUCACUCUGGCUCUCGGGUUAGCUCUAGAAAUUCAGUUAGCAAUAUGCGCUCACAGCUCCUGCUUGCUGAGUUGAAAGAAAAGCAGCUCAAGGAGGAGCUAGAACUAGAAACUAAGGAGCAAGAACUUAGCAAACAGCAUAGACUGUUGAAGGCUAGACAGGAGGUCGAAUUCGCCCAGCGUAGCGCCUUGCUGGAAGACGAACAAGGCGAUGUAGACCUGCCCGCACUCCCUAUUUAUUCGUCAAACAGAGUUGACGAGUUUGUCACGGAAUGUGCUGCGGUGGCUGCGAAUCAACCAUCCGCCGGUUGUUAUGACGAUUUGCCGAUUGACCCACCCACUGCCACGUUAGGAAACGCUAUAGCGUCCGCUCUCGUCCUACUUAUUGUGGAAGCUGGUCUCCCCAAAGUAGAGCUGGCUUAUUUCGAUGGGCACCCAGCUGACUACUGGAGGUUCGUCAAACAGUUUGAGUUCUAUGUGGAGAGCAAGGUGGUAAAUGACGGAAGACGUCUGCUCUACCUCAUUCAUUACCGUAAGGGACGAGCUAGACUGGCUAUUGGCAACUGCGUAAUGCUGCCGCCCGGUCAAGGUUAUGAAAGAGCUCGACGUAUCCUUCGAGACCUCUUCGGGCAAGCACACUACAUUGCUAGGGCAUCGAUAGAAGGCCUACUUCAAGGCGCGAAGUCCAUUCCCAACAACGCAGAUGCCCUGUCGGAAUUGGCCAUUAAGAUGGAGAACUGCCACAUCACAUUGAAACAAAUGAACUAUGAGGCAGAUUUAGACUCCUCCACCACCCUAGAAGAGAUAGUCCGUGCCCUACCGAAGCCCCUGCAGUACAAAAUGGGCCGAAAUCGUCGGUCAGCUAAC